CUAGAUGGCGAGCUUUUCUGCUGCCGUGUUGGGAUUUGAUGUGUCGUCUUUUCCAGCCUCCCUUGCACUUCCUUCUCCUUUCUCUAAUAUCGCUGGUCGUCACUAGUUACCACAGCCAAAAAGUAAUAAACCCCGCCUAUUUCUACAACUUAAAACCAGAUUUUAAACCUAACUCUAACCUUAACCACAUUGCUAAUCUUAUGACUAACCCUAACCUUAAACGAAGACCAAAUAGCACAUUUUUGUUUUCAUCAAUUUUUACGAAAUUGCCAAUUUUGACUUUGUGGCUGAUGUAACCAAUAUCUCUGGCUGUGUGUGUUGUCGGACCUCAGUGGGUGGGACCAAGCGAUACCUCAACAACAAGAUGGAUUAAUCGUGACAAAUUAGGGAAACCCCGUCAUUGACAACGUUCUAUUUACUUGUGGCAAGUUAUUCAGUGAAACACUAUUUAAAUGUCAGUUCUUAGGACAUGAAGGUUGUUGGCACAACAUCAACAAUGCAGCUCUCUCCCACCAACGGAGAUUUUACCUUCGUCUCAUCAACUGAAGCAGAGGGUAAUGUUAGCAGGCCGUGAAAACAGUCAUAUGCCUUUCAUAUUAUUUUUAGUUUGCUAGCUAACUACCGUAUUUGUCAACACGUCAUUCUGCUAGCUUGACAUUUAAUUAAACUAUUUAGCUAACCUUAAAUCAUAGUGUUGUCGUUUUUGUCAAGUUACGUUACCGUGGUUCAGAGAGGUUUGACAGCUUUCUGCAGCUACUACGGCUAGGCUAACGUUAGCAAUCUAGCUAGCUAACGUUAGCAAUCUAGUAAAUCCAGCUAUCUAACUACAUAUUAUUCUACUGAAGAUAAGCUUAAUACAUCACUCUCCUAUCUAUUUUGACUAUUUGCAUGUAUUUAUCAUUGAGUACAUAAAGUUGAAUGCCAUUUAGACAGUGGGACAAAUAGGGGGACAAUUAUUUUCUGCAUUCUACGUCCCUUUUUGUUUGUUUAACUGAGGUGAUUUGGUCAAGCGUAAAACGUUAUAUCUAGAAAAAAAUGUAGCCUUGAUUGUGAUACAGUUUUGGAAACCUUGAACAUAUACUGUACAGUUCAACAAGACUUAAUUUCAAUGCAUGUUAUGUGAACCAAUAGUCGUUUACAUUAAAUUCCCUACAGAUCUAAGCGGUACUAUUGAUGCCCCAGAUGUUAAAUUGAACAUGGGCAGCGACAAUGCAAAAGACCCAUAUGCAACCACAUUCCUGAGGAAACGAGGCUAUGGCUGGCUACUGGAAGUAGACGAGGAUGACCCAGAAGACAACAAACCUCUUCUGUAAGGACCUUUUCAAGAAACCCAUUCUUUGUCCAUGCACAUUGAUAUUAAAAUGACACUUUAAAUGUGCUGAUAUCUCACGAUGCUCCUGUUCUGUCUCAUAUGCUUGUAUGAUUAGGGAGGAGCUGGACAUCGACCUGAAAGACAUCUACUACAAGAUCCGCUGUGUGCUGAUGCCAAUGCCCUCCUUGGGCUUCAACCGGCAGGUUGUGAGGGACAACCCUGACUUCUGGGGUCCUCUGGCUGUAGUGCUCCUGUUCUCCAUGAUCUCCAUCUACGGACAGUUCAGGGUGAGGUGGCAGGACAAGCUGUGAAUUUUCUAGUCUAAGAUCACACCAAAAUAUUUUGUUUUUUAGAGACUUUGGUGCCAUGUCACAAUUUUCAGCUUGAAAGUCGUGUUUUAAUUAUUCAUUGCAUUAUUUUAUUUCCUAAGGUCGUGUCUUGGAUAAUUACCAUUUGGAUAUUCGGAUCUUUAACAAUCUUUCUGCUGGCUCGUGUUCUCGGUGGUGAGGUAAGAUCCACCAAAAUGUACCUUUUUUAGCUCAAAUAAUUCAAAUUCCUAGUCUUGAUGAGUAGUACAUUUAUCUUACUUGAUACUGUACAUGCCUCUUUCGAUGUGAAUAUGCUUCCUAUUACAACAUGAAUGAUGUGGCAUGCUGUGAAACACUGACUUGCAUUGUUCUGUAUCGGAUAGGUUUCUUAUGGACAAGUCCUUGGAGUGAUUGGAUACUCUCUACUCCCGCUCAUCGUUAUAGCUCCAUUGCUUUUGGUCAUUGGGGGUUUUGAUGUUGUUUCUACACUAAUAAAGGUGAGCAUAUGAGCAAAGAUAAUCAACAUUUAUUCUCUCACAUUUUCCUCACAAGUUACUCUCUGUAAUUCAGCAUUGCACAUUUGAUUUAACAUACACUAACAUAUUCAAAGCGUUUGUACAUUUCUGCAUUUGUUUUGUUUUGUUGAUAAUACAAAUGUACACUUAAAUCAGAUAUGAGUGUUUAUUAGUUGUUAAUAACUGUCUUUCAUUUUUCAGCUUUUUGGUGUAUUCUGGGCUGCUUACAGUGCUGCUUCUCUCCUCGUUGGGAAUGAAUUCAAAACCAAGAAGCCUCUUCUCAUAUACCCUAUUUUCCUUUUGUACAUCUACUUCCUGUCACUAUAUACUGGGGUCUGAUUGGACAAAUGGCUACUGUGGCACUUUGGUUGGAGACUGACACAAAGCACUGUGAAAAGACACACAAGGAUUCAUUUUUUAAACGUCAUUUUCUCCUUCUUCUUUUAACUCUGUUUACAAUCCUAGACUGUGGGGAUAUAAGGAUAUAUGUUACGUCAGUGUAUUUAAAUGUGCCCCUUACCUCUUUGCUCAAUAAAAAGCAGUAGAGUAUGGUCUAAGCGCUGCAUUCAGAUUUAAUUGUAAUUAGAUCCCUGGUUUGCAUUAGCAUCAUAAGAGGACUGUAAUUAUUUAAUCAAGGCGUGAAAUAUGGUUUUGGUAAUCAUAUGGGGGACACAUUGAUUUUUGUUAAUGCGUUUAUUCCAUAGAGGAAGGUGUUGCCAAAUACAGUGCAAAUAUGCUCAAUUAGAACCAAGGGUUUAAGAAAGACGUCAACCCCUAACUGAAGUUCCACCAUUAUUUUCUAAGGUAGUGGGUUUAACAUACUGUUAUGAAUUAUUUAGUUGUCAUUUUAUUCAUCUUUUACAAACUUAUCUUAACUUAUGAAUUUCAGCCUGUGUAGGCCAGUAGAUGGGCAGUUUGAGUGAAAUAAAAGUCUACUAAAGUUGGGUGCCUUUCAUUAGUUGUUUUAUACAGUUGUUUAAUAAUCUUUUAUUGAACUGAUGUAUAUUUUCCGACAACUUGUUUGUAUCGAUUGUAUGUAUACCUACUGUAUAUAGCUUAAUGUGUUGUAGAGGUGUACAUGUUCAUGAACAUGUGAUAGUAUCAGAACAUGUUAUACAAUUGUGGAAAAUAAUUAGACCUGGAACAAUAGUGAUAUUUAUAAGUAAUUCACAGUGGGGUG